AUGGCAGACCCCGGUAGUUGUACGAAACGUCAGGAGACUGUGGCAGUCGAGUCGGCUCCCAGCAAUACCGACGAUGCGUCGGACCACAGCUUCGUAGAACCUACUCCGCAAGUGAAGAAGAGCUUCUUCAAAAAGGCCGAUUUCUGGCUGGUGGGAUUCUAUUCGUUUGUAUAUAUCUUCCGAGUCCUGGAUUCAUCCAACUACGCCAAUGCAGCCAUCAUCAACCUCGAAAAUGGCACCAACAUUCGCCAACAACUCGGUUUCGACGCGUCAAAGUGGUCAUGGACGCAAUCCAUGUUCUCCUAUUCUUACAUGGUGUUUGAACCUACGAACACAAUCAUGCUCAAAGCUGUUCGUCCAUCAAGAUGGAUGUUUCUCAUAAUAUUCUUCUGGGGCGUGUGCGCUUCAUGUACCUCUGCCGUUCAAGGCUUCAAGGGCAUGAUGUGCCUUCGCUUCGCACUUGGAAUGGCUGAGGCAGGAUUUUACCCUAGUGUCCUAUUUCACAUGGCAUUUUGGUAUAAACCGAGCGAGAUGCCGCAGCGUAUAGCCAUAUUCUAUUCUGUUGGACAGGUCGCCGGUGCUGUUAGCGGCCUGCUUGCGUAUGCCAUUGGAUACAUGGAUGGCCUCGGGGGCCUUCCGGGCUGGCGAUGGCUCUUCCUUCUAGAAGGCCUUCCGGCGAUCAUUCUGUCAUUUGUUGCACUCUGGAAAUUACCGAAUUACCCAGAGACCGCCAAGCUACUGAAUGAGGAAGAACGCAAAUAUGCCACGACCCGUUUGGUGAAAACCGCGCCACAAGGAAAGAAGGGAAAUUGGGACUAUAAGUCUUUGCUUGUCCUUGUCAAAGACCCCACGUUCUAUACCUUCUCCGUGUUUUGGAUCUGUCACGGAAUUGGAGGAUUUGGAGUGGGCGUUGCGUUACCCACGGUCAUUUAUGAUCUAGGUUUCACAACGACAGCGAAUACCCAGCUCAUGAAUAUGCCCCCAUAUGUCGCCGCAUGCGUAUUCCUCAACAUCAUCGGCUAUUUAUUACAUAAAAAGAUUCUUCGUCCAUGGACAACUGCAAUAGGAAUCGAAGUUACAAUCAUGGUCUGUUACGUCAUUCUAUUCACUGUUUCUAUCCCCACUGUGCGCUACAUUGUUCUCAUCGUGGCCAUUUCGUGCGCUGGAUCUGCGUACCCGGUCAUCUGGCCCGAGCGUAUUCGAGCCCUGGAAGGCACAGUUGCUGCAGGCAUUGGAAUAGGGUGGACUAAUGCAAUGGCCCAGUUUAGCGGCAUCGUUGGGCCUCAUGUCUACAGCUCUGUUUUUGGGCCAAGCUAUCGCGUCUCGUACGGCAUUUGCAUGUCGUUCCUCGUCGUUGGUGUUUGCAUGAUCCUUACCUCGUGGUAUCUAGUAAGGCGCAAAGACCAGAAGCGUUCUUUGCAGUUCGAU